GUUUCUUGCCACUAGAGUAUUUUUGUUGUUUGUUUUCUAAGACACAAAAAAACCCCCAAUUGCAUCGCAUCAUUGUUGCUUCCAAGAGAACUCAUCGGGCGUUGGCAUGAGAAACAAAAAGCCCUUUUUCUGUUCAUAGAGUUUUUCCUCUUCUUUUGCUUUCAUGAACCCGAGUCCUAGAUGUUAUGUAUAGCUAUCUCACAUCUUUGUAUAUAAGAGACGAAAACAAUGGGCCGACUAAUGAACAUUUUUAUGCAUUGAAGCGUGCACCGAGACCUGAUGCUCUUAAUCGAGGGAAUUCCCUCGAUUGCCUACAUAGUCCCAUGGUUUUGGCCCAUCUCUUAUCUACACAUCACAAACGAAGAUACAUACCAGCAUAAUCGCAAGUGGGGUAUGCAUCGUACUAGCUGCAAGCCAAACGACAUAAACCAUCCUGAUAGCGGAGCUUCUUUCCACAGCCGAACUCAUACCCCUCCCCUCUUCUAUAACUUUACGCUAUUUACUUACUUGUCGCCUCCCACUCCCACUGAGACAAUUGAAAUACCCCAGGCUCUAAUAAACAUGUCUUCUUCUAAAUCCACUCUUACUGCCCAGGAACUGCAGGCCCUUGCCUCCAAGGCGAUCACUGCUAAAGCUACGGCCUACUGUCCGUAUUCUAAAUUCCGCGUUGGAGCAUGUAUUCUCACCCAGUCUGGUGAAUACAUCACCGGUGCCAAUGUCGAAAACGCAUCCUAUCCUGUUGGCACAUGUGCAGAACGAGUGGCCUUUGGGACUGCUGUCGUCGCCGGAUAUCAUGACUUCAAAGCUAUUGCUAUCGCUACCGAUAGUAACCCUCCAGCGUCCCCGUGCGGCAUGUGCAGACAGUUCAUGAACGAAUUCACAACUCCCUCUUUUCCCAUUUACAUGUAUGGCUCGGAAGGAACCUACACUAUCAAGACAAUGCGUGAGCUUCUCCCCGACUCAUUCGGACCAGAAGAUUUCUCAAAGGAAAGGGUGCAGUCAUCGUAGUUCUGGUAACCCAUCUCCCUCCAUAUUUUUUGGGCUUCCACCGAAGGCUACUUUUUCUGUUGCCUCCAAGAUGUUUGCGUACAAGGAAACCGUGAUGGCGAAUGUUUGCCACUAUUGUUAAGGGAUGGAUCCAUUAUGCGUGGGCCUACAUAAUGGCUACAUGACAUCGUAUAAAGCUUUAGGUCAAAUUAUCAUGGUCGACCAAG